AUGGACAAGAACACUGGAACUGGUACUCAACCUGACAACAGGUUUGCAUACAUGUUGGUUUUGAUACGGUACUGCGAGGGACGUGAAGUCUUCGAUCGCAUCAUGGAGCAGGGCCUCAUUCAGGAGUCCACCACCGCGGAGAUCGUGCGACAGGCGGCGAGCGCCCUCCUGUACGCGCACAACCGGGGCAUCGCCCACCGGGACAUGAAGCCCGAAAACAUUUGUUUCUGCAGCAAGGAUGUGACGAACAACCAUGUCAAGCUCAUCGACUGGGGCUUGGGAUUCUACUUCGGGCAGGGGCGGAUGAACUCGGCGGUGGGCAGCCUGACCUACGCUGCGCCCGAGGUCUUGGAAGCCAAGGAAAAGCAGGGCUACACGGCCGCCUGCGACCUCUGGAGCUUGGGGGUGGUGACCUACGUGAUGCUCUGCGGCAAGCCCCCCUUUUGGGGGAACUACAACGAGCAGCUCAGGAGGAUGAAGAGGGAGACCUUCCCCAUGUCCGACGCCACCUGGCAGCAGAUCUCGCGGCCUGCCAAGGACUUGAUCCGUGGACUGCUUCGUGCAGAUCCAAAGCAGAGGAUGAAGUUGGAGGAUGUGCUGCGAAAUCCGUGGCUGAGGCUACAGGAGAGCCAGUCUGCCAUGGACACAAAGAUCGCCAGCCAGGUCCUGACGAACUUGCGCCAGUUCAGCAGAACUUCGCAGUUCUUUACGAUCUGCGUGGCCUCAGUGGCGCGACAGCUGGACCACAAGAGCCUCCGCGACGUCCACAAGGUGUUCGCCGAGAUGGACACCAACGGAGAUGGCGUCCUAGAGCUCCAUGAGGUGCGCGCGGGCUUCCAGAAGUUCUUCGGCAGGGACAGCCCGCAGGUGCAGGACGUCGAGCAAGUCUUUCAGAAGCUUGAUCUCGAUGGCUCCGGCUUCAUCGACUACACGGAGUUCUGCGCUGCGGGCAUCGGGGAGCGGGUGAGUUUGGAGGAAGAUGUCCUCUGGGCAGCCUUCAAGGCGUUCGACGUGCAGGACGACGAUGGCCGGAUCACCAAGGAAGAAAUCCAGCAGGUCCUCCGCAGCGGCGACGUCAACAAGCUCUGGACGCCACAGGUCUGCCAAGAAGUUGCCGAAGACAUCUUCGAGAACUUCGAUCAGAAUGGAGAUGGCUCCCUCGACUUCCAGGAUGAUUCCACCGUUGGGAAGAGACGUAGUCCCGUGAAAAAGAGGGCUCAUGAGAGAUGA